AGAAUGGUGGCGGGCGAGGAGAAGGGUCUGGUGCUGCUGGACUUCUGGGUGAGCCCGUUCGCUCAGCGGUGCCGCAUCGCGCUGGCGGAGAAGGGCCUGGCGUGCGAGUCGGUGGAGCAGGAGCUGCUGGGCGACAAGGGCGAGCUCCUCCUCCGCAGCAACCCCGUCCACAAGAAGGUCCCCGUGCUCCUCCACGCCGGCCGCGCCGUGUGCGAGUCCCUGGUCAUCCUCGAGUACAUCGAGGACGCCUUCGCCGAAGCGACGCCGCGUCUGCUCCCCGCCGACCCCUUGGCGCGCGCGCACGCGCGGUUCUGGGCCGACUACGUGGACAAGACGGUGUACGGCAUCGGCACGCGGCUGUGGAAGCUCAAGGGGGAGGGGAGGGCGGCGGCGCGGGCCGAGAUGCUGCAGACGCUCAGGACGCUGGACGGCGAGCUCGGGGGCAAGGCCUUCUUCGGCGGCGAGGCGUUCGGGUUCGUGGACGUGGCGCUCAUACCGCUCACGUCGUGGUUCUACAGCUACGAGAAGCACGGCGAGUUCAGCGUCCAGGAGGAGUUCCCGAGGCUGGCGGAGUGGGCGAGGCGGUGCGGGGAGAGGGAGAGCGUGGCCAAGAUCCUGACCAAGCCGGAGGACGUGCUCGACUUCAUCGGCCUGCUCAAGAAGUGCUACGGCAUCGUCGAGUAGCGCAUCUGUCGUUUGCUCAGAGGAGCUGGCCAGCGUCCAUACACCUCGUUUGGCUUUGAAGUACUCGGUCGUGGUGUUCUUUUAUCAAGAAGAUGCUGUCCAAUGUAUUUGGGAGCAAGCACGCAGAUACUCUCUC